AUGGCGAGCUGGAAUGAUUAUGUAAAAACUAUUCAGAAAAGUUGUGGGGACUGCGACAAAGGAUGUAUUUUAGGCCGAGACGGUACGAUUUGGACGACCAGCCAGGAUAAUGUGUUGAAUAUUUCACCCGAAGAAGCUUCAAAAUUUGCCAGUUCUAUAAACGAUCAACAGAACGAUACUUUGUCAAGCACUGGAGUUACAAUGUGCGGUGAGAAAUACAAUUUCAUACGAAAGGACGACAGAUUUUUAUUCUGCAAAAAAGGUGGACAAGGUAGCUUGAGUAUUCAAUGGUCGGAGAAGUCGAUCAUCGUUGCUCACUGUAAGGAAGGUGGCUCGACCGGAAAAGUCAACGAAGCGCUGCAUAAAACGAUGUCCCAUCUAGAACACUGUGACUAUUGA